AUGCAAGCCAAAAAUUUGAUGAAGGAUAAACUUUGUACGGGUAAUAAUCUUAGUAACGAGUUGAACAUGUCCUUAAACUCGUGUGAAGGGGAUAUAGACAUCGUUGAUUAUGUUAGACGAAUCCCAAGAACGGAGGAGGCGGCAUACGAUAUGCUGAGUGGGGCGACUGGGGCGUUAUUCGUCGAAAGUGACGUUGUUCAGAUGGUGCUAAUUUGUAGCGUCGUUUGCGGCCAUUUUCGGAGGAUGUCAGACCAAGAGUUUGGGUUAUUUUUGAAGUAUGAAUUAGAGGAGGCGUGGUUGUGUCUCUUGUGA